AUAGUGUUUAGUGUGGCGCAUACAAGUGUGUGUUACGUAUAUUUUCUGUUUUUGCGAACCAUUUACUUACCUUAGAGCUUCGUUCUAAAGAUAAUGAAAUACUCGAAGUAACUGUUACGAAAACGGUUCGCGUUAUGGUCGAAAGGGAAGCGGAGUCAUUUUAAAUCGACAGUGAUUCUAGCAUGCGAUGGCAGAAGAGUGCACGGUCGUGCGAUUUUCGAGAGAUUCGUCUCUCGCUAAAAUUGAAAAUUUGAAGCAAGGUGACAGUCCCGACAAGUUUUCGGAAUGCGCCCGUUUCGGAGCGUUUUACGUUAUAUGCAUUGCCUUAUCGAUUAUAACAUAUGUCCUAGAUUUGGCUUUAGCCUGCAUAUUAUUGUAUUUUUAUUCCAUAAAUGGUUAUGGGGUGUAUUUCGCCCUUACGCUUACGUUUCUAAUUCUGCCUGCUCUGGUCAUGACUACUGUCAGCUUGAGGUGGUACAUAGUAGAUCACGACGAUCCGUCUUUAGACAAAAUCCCAGUGUCCCAAUGGAUAGUACGGAUAAUCUUCCUCCUGAUGCAACUGGCCCCCCUUUUGAGGUACACGGACAUCCUGAUAUACGGAAUAAGGAGCAAGAUAGCCUCGUCGACGGGCAACGAAGCCAAGCAGUCCAUCCUGUACAGGCGGAUGCUCGACGAGGACACCAACAGCGCCCUGCUGAGGCUGUUCCACUGCUUCCUGCACGCCGCCCCGCAGGCCAUCCUCCAGCUCGUCAUAUUGCUCACCCACGUUGCUCAUCCCGAAUCGUCAGCGCUCAGUAUAAACGUGCUCGUCCUUCAAGCCUGGGCUGUCUUGGUGGCGCUGACGUCGAUCGCGUGGUCCUUGACUUCGUAUCACAGAUCCGUGCGAUUCGCCAGGGAUGACAAGGAGAAAAUGAAAUGGCCGGGGAUUUUGAUUGCUUUCUGUUGGCAAUUAAUGAGUGCACUAUCCAGAGUCCUGGCUCUAAGCCUGCUGGCGUCGAUAUUCCCGGUAUGGAUGGGGUGCGUGUGCGCCCUCCAUUGGGGCGUAAUGUCCACGUGGCUGGCUUUGGGGCAACACCAGACGGCGGCGUGCGGUAACAGAUGCGAGGAAUUGCUGCUGUCGACCGCCCUGGGCCUGGCGUACGUGCUGGCGUUCAUUUCGCCGCGGGACGGACAGACGAGGUACGUCUAUCUGGCCUACUAUCUGGUCUGUUUUAUGGAAAACACGGCGGCGUUGGUCGUGUGGUGCGUCACAAAUAAUUCCGGUGAUAACCCGGUGUUGUAUUACGGGGCCGCCGGCGGGCAGAUCGUCACGUUUUUGUUGGGUAUAACGUUUUUACUUAUCUAUUACAAGUGCUGUCAUCCGGCUAUGGCGAUUAGGUCGAAGAUACCCAGUUCGGAUUCCGAUUUUCUCGAAUCGGAUCGACCGGGUUAUAGUAAAUCUUAUAAUUUACGGUCGAGGUCUUGAUCUUUGUCUUACGUCUAAUUGGACGUAAGUGAUGUUUUUAAUCAAAAGUAUACAUUUCUAGCCCUUACAAUGUGUAUUGUUGAGUUUUUGAUACUGUCUUGAGGAUUAGGUAUAACCAAGUUUUGUUAAAAGCACUGAAAUAUUUUUUUUUUCAUACUGAAAUUCUUAAAUAUCAAAUCAACUCGGUAAACUAUAACUUUUAUUGGUUAAGAAUAUUUGCAUUUUUUAUAUCGUAUUGAAGUAACUUUGGAAAAUCUAUACCUCACAACUAUUACCAAAAUGUAUGUAAAAAGUAGACUGUUUCGUUAUACUGAUCAUAUGUAGUAACAUUAUUUAAACAAAGUGUCUUAUUACUUCGUAAAUGUCGAAUAAAUUAAAGGCUUCAAUGUGGAAAGUUUUCAAAUUGCUGUGAUAUUGGCUAAAAAAAAUAUAAAUUGUUGAGCCUUUUUGCCUGCAAAUGUGCCCUAUUAUUGUUUCUUUACAGGGUGUUUGAUGAAUAUUAAAAUUUGUAGUUUCUCGUAUAUAUUUGUAAAUUAUGUAAAUUUUAUAUGUAAAUGUACACUGAGGUUGUUAAUUGUUUAUAGCACUAAUCUGUUAAAUCAUUGCCUUUUUGACUUUUCUAUAUUGUGAUGUUUUUAAAUCGGAUCCAAUGAACUAUAAGUAAUUAAUGAAAGUAGGUAGUGUUUAUAAAAUGUACGAAAACUUGUGUAAAUUUGAUAAGUAUGAUGAUAAUUGUGCAAAAAAUGCUUUCCCUGUGCAUUUAACUUUAAUAAUAAUUUUUUACACAAAUUAUAGGUAUGAUUGCAACUAUUAUUUCGGGCAUAUUCUUUCUAAAUGCUUCAUGUUUUGUAAGUAUUUAGGAGAGAAUAAAGCAUAGUUUCUUAGAAUGCAUUAUCAUCAAAUACAUCAGUUCACAUAUUUUUAAAUGUACAAUAAAUUUCAUUUGAUCGUUAAUAGUUUGGCGCACCAAAUAAAGACUGCCAAGUGCCAACUUCACACCCUUUAUAAAAAAAUGCCUUAAAAAUACAUUUUACAAGAGAUGUUCUAAUUUAUUGUUGACGCUUCAAAUUUUAUUGUCGAGAAAAAUUGAUGGAUAGCCUAAAAAUAGAUGUUUUUAACUGCCCACAGAAAUUGUAUCCAUAUCUGACGAAUGCGUAGAAUAUAUACGGGAGAGAGCUGGUGAAGUAAUAAAAAAUAAAUUAUUGAUAGCUAAAUUUUUAUGUGCUGUAAUUUCAGCAUGGAGAAAAUUUUGUUGUUUUCGCCAGCUUUUUUCUUUAUUACCUUGCUGAUUAAUUUGUAAAUCCGUUUAUUUUGCUAUAUGAAACAAAUUGUAACCGUCGAAACUAACAAUUGACUCUAUAGUACAAAAUUCUAAAACCACAUUACAAUGUUGCUUAAAAAAGUGUCUUUUAUAUAAAAUAUACUUUUUUGGAUACUUACUCCAAAUUCAUGUUGAUAGUAUUUAAGUAACAAAAAAUAUGUAUGCGAACAGGCUUCAGAAGAUAAAUUUCAUUUUCAUUUGUGUACUUAAUUCAAAUUAAUUUAAAGCUAAAAAGAUUUUUUUUGUAAUAUUUUUGUACAUAACUUAUAUACUAAGUUAAAUUUCGACAGUAUUAAUUAUUAAUUUAUUGUAUUAUAAUCAGUUUAUUAAUAACGUUCCUGUUGGUUAUCUUAAAGUGAUCUGUUCUGCGAUAAAAUGUACCUUAAUACCUAAAUUUAUUAUUGCCUAAAAGAGAGCUAUAAAAGAAUAAUGGGAACAAUAUUCAAAUAUACGCUAGAAAUUAUUUAUAUUUGUAUCAUAUUCGAAAAUGUAAAAAAAAUUGCAAACCUAUUACAUCAUUAUUGCGUUGAGUUUGUAAAUGAAAGUCUUACUUGUAAAUUAUUUUUUAUGUAUAAAUAAAAAAAUCAAAUUUUUAACAUUACUCAUUCUCCGAACUACUGCUGCCCUGCGUCAAAAAUACCUGCUGUCCCCCCGCGCUCGGCUGAGCCACCUGGAUUAACUGGGACUGCUGGCUGGUAGCAAUCGGAGCAGUUUGGAUUAUCACAGGUUGCGAUGAAUUGCCCUGCAAUUGCAUCUUAAUCAAUUGCAGUUGUUGC